AUGACUGCUCCAAAGCAUCCGAGCCAUUCCCUUCUUUGAGUUCACUCUAUACUUCUGUUUCUUUCUGUUUUGUUCUAUGCACUGCCCAACAGUUUGGCUAAUUCUUUUUUUACCAAAGCAGACACUUUUGGCCGUAGCCGAUUUGGUUAAUUGCUAUAGUUGAGUAAUAAUUUUUUUUGGGGAAAGUUAAAAGAAAAAAACAAAAAAAAAUCGGGGAACAUUGGAGACCCAAUUCGCAAUUCCCAGACAUUCUUCAUCUCCUUCGUAAAUCGUCGAUUCAAAUCAGGCGUCGAAUUACAGCAAAAGCCCCAUCUCGUGGCUCCCAGAGAUGUCGUUAGGGCAAAAGAGUGCGACGGAUCCUGGUACGAUGCUCACUUCCCUUUUGAACAAGCGAGAGAAGCUUCGCCAAGAGUUACGGAGCAUCGAGAAACAGGUUUAUGAAUUGGAGACAAGCUAUCUUCAAGAAUCGAGCCAUAUAGGAAAUGCUCUAAAAGGGUUUGAAGGGUUUUUGUCUUCUUCCAAGAGUAGUGCUAGGUCUCUCUCUCUCUCUCAUUCUCUUUCUUCUUCUUCGCCUCGCACUUGGAGAUACCGCGUCUUUGCAAGCUUCCACGGAGCCAACGUCCGUAAAACAUUUCUGAGUCAUUUACGUAAACAGUUUAACUACAAUGGGAUCACGAUGUUUGAUGACCAAGGGAUCGAGAGAAGCCAUACCAUCGGACCUGCUCUCACACAAGCCAUCAGGGAAUCAAGAAUCUCAAUCGUCUUGCUAUCGAAGAACUAUGCGUCUUCGAGCUGGUGCUUGGAUGAGUUGUUGGAGAUUAUCGAGUGUAAAGAAGCUAUGGGACAGAUCGUGAUGACAGUCUUCUACGGAGUAGAUCCAUCUGAUGUGCGGAAACAGACAGGAGAGUUUGGGAUGGCUUUCUCUGAAACGUGUUCCCGAAGUAACAAAGAGAAGAAGCGAAGAUGGAGUCAAGCUUUGAACCAUGUGGGAAACAUAGCUGGAGAACACUUUCAAAACUGGGACAAUGAAUCAAAUAUGAUUGAAAAGAUUACUAGAGAUAUUUCAAACAAACUAAACACUACAAUCUCUAGAGAUUUUGACGAUAUGGUUGGACUUGAAGCACACUUGGAGGAAAUGAAGUAUUUGUUAGAUUUAGAUUAUGAGGAUGGAGCUAUGAUAGUUGGAAUAUGUGGCCCUGCAGGCAUUGGUAAGACUACCAUUGCUAGAGCUUUACAUAGUAUACUUUCUAGUAGUUUCCAGCUUAGUUGUUUUGUGGAGAAUCUUAGGGGAAGCUAUAGUAGUUGUCUUGACGAGUAUGGUUUGAAACUGCGUUUACAAGAGCAGCUACUUUCAAAUAUUUUAAACCAAAACGGUAUGAUGGUACACCAUUUAGGUGCUAUACAAGAAAGGCUAUGUGACCAAAAGGUGCUUAUCAUUCUUGAUGAUGUGAAUGAUCUAAAGCAACUAGAGGCUUUGGCUAAUGAGACUAGUUGGUUUGGACCUGGAAGUAGGAUCGUUGUGACCACGGAAGAUCAAGAGAUUUUGAGGCAACAUGGUAUCAACAAUACUUACCAUGUGGGUUUUCCAUCUAUAGACAAUGCUCUUGAGAUCUUUUGUUUAUAUGCUUUUAGGAAAAGCUCUCCUCCUGAUGGUUUUACAAAACUUACAGAAAGAGUAACAAGUAUUUUUGAUAACCUUCCAUUGGGUUUACGUGUCAUGGGGUCAUCUUUACGUGGGAAGGGGGAGGAUGAGUGGGAAGCUCUAUUAGACCGGCUAGAAAAUAGCAUUGAUCGAAAUAUCGAGGGAGCACUUAGAGUUGGGUAUGAUAGUUUACAUGAAGAAGAACAAGCUCUAUAUCUCCACAUUGCGAUCUUUUUCAACUACCACAAAGAUGAUUGUGUGAUGGCAAUGCUCGCUGACAGUUACUUCGAUGUCAAAAACGGUUUGAAAAUCCUAACCAACAAAUCACUCAUAUAUAAAUCUAGCAGUGGGGAAAUAGUAAUGCACAAGUUGCUACAGCAAGUGGGUAGACAAGCAAUUAAAAGACAAGAGCCUUGGAAACGGCACAUCUUAAUAGAUGCUCAUGAGAUUUGUUAUGCCUUAGAGAAUGAUACAGAUACAAGAGCUACUUUAGGCAUAUCCCUUGAUACAUCUCAAAUCAACAAAGUUUUUAUAAGUGAGGCAGCUUUCAAAAGAAUGCGCAAUCUUCGAUUCCUAAGUAUUUAUAAUACAAGAAAUGUUAUAAAUGAUCGAGUGGACAUACCUGAGGACUUGGAGUUUCCACCUCAUCUAAGGUUACUACGCUGGGAGGCAUACCCAAGAAAUCCUCUUCCUACUACAUUUCAUCCGGAAUAUCUUGUAGAACUUGAUCUACAAGAGAGCCAUCUUGAGAAGCUUUGGCAAGGAACACAGCCACUCACAAAUCUCAAGAAAAUGGAUUUGACACGAUCCUCUUACUUAAAGGAACUUCCAGAUCUUUCAAACGCUACAAAUCUCGAGAGCUUGGAAAUGAGCCAUUGCAAGAGUUUGGUAGAGAUCCCUUCCUCUUUUUCAGAACUUCGAAAACUACAAACGUUGAUAAUACACAACUGCACAAAGCUAGAAGUUGUUCCAACUCUCAUCAACAUGGCAUCUCUUGACUUCGUCAACAUGUAUGGAUGCUCACAAUUGAAAAGUCUUCCAGGUAUAUCUAAGCACAUCUCAAGACUCGUUAUAGAUGACACAGUAGUAGAAGAACUGCCAACAUCAAUAAUGCUUUGCACUCGUCUUACGACUCUUCUUAUAAGAGGUAGUGGAAACUUUAAGGUAUUAACACAACUCCCUCAAAGUCUAACGUAUCUAGACCUAAGGUGUACGGGUAUUGAGAAGAUUCCAGACUGGAUCAAAGAUCUUCAUGCACUAGGAUUCCUUCAUAUAGGAGGCUGUAUAAAACUUAAAUCGCUACCACAACUUCCUCUUUCGCUCAGGUCGUUAAAUGCAUGUGAUUGUGAAUCACUCGAAAGUGUUACUUGUGCAACAAGCUUCAGUUCACAUGUGAACUACAAUUUCACCAAUUGCUUCAAACUGAACCAAGAAGCAAGAAGAGAUAUUAUCCAACAAUCCUUCUUUUCAGGGUUGAGAGUUUUACCAGGAAGAGAAGUGCCUGAAACGUUCAAUCACCAAGCUAAAGGAAAUUUCUUGACAAUCCAUCCAGAGAGAGGUAGUCAUUUUACUGCAUCCUCAACAUUUAAAGCUUGCAUUGUGAUUUCCCCUACCGGGUUGAUCACUACGGGGAGAAGGCUAAUCAGUUUAACGUGUCGUCUCAAAAGCAAAAAUGGUGACGUUAUCAACGAAGUUUAUCAUUGUUUUAGCUUACCUGAACAGUCCCCUGGAACAAAAUCAGAACAUCUUUGCUUAUUUCACAAUGACUUGCUAGACAGAGAUACAUGUUUUGAAGUGGACGACAGUGAGAUAUUGUUCGAAUUUAGCUGCACCCCUUCUGACGCCUAUGAGAUUGUUCAAUGUGGUGUUGGAAUAUAUGGAGAAGAAAUCCAACAAAAGAGCGACUGCAGCAAUGCGUCUAAAAGUAUUUCUGACCAUGGCCAUUAUACAUAUAGACAUACAUGCAACUUCAAAUCAGACAAGGUGUGUGAAGAAGCCAAUGUCCAAGUUCGCAAACGUAAGGGUUUUUGGAGUUGGCUACGUAGGAAAUAG